ACCCGCGACAAAUCGAUCGAGACACGCGACGGUCAGAAAAUUAGCCAUGUAUAUGGAUUGAGGGUCUUGGACUGUGACAUACGAUCUCCGAAAAUAUGUCGAGACCGGCCGUCCCGAGACACGUACUAGGACUUCUCGCGCUCACGGCUGCGAAAGUCUCAGCAUCGGAUUUACCAUACAACCCAACACAUAUCGUGAUACCCGAGCAAAACGACGAGAACGAUCAGACGAUAUCCUAUGCAUAUAUCCUACAACCAAAGACAAAUGGCCAAGCCAGCUUACAAUCGCUCGACCUUACUGAAUCUCUCGAGGCUUCAAAACUCUCAUUGACAACGCUUUACGACUCUCUGCCAUUCUUGGCGACAACAUCAACAAGAGCAUAUACACCUCUGAAAGGAAGUACACAGAACAUCACUGUCGUCGCUGGCGACUGCUCCACAGAUGGCGACGCUCCGGAAGUAUGGACAUUCAUCCCCGCUGCUCACAGUAAGAAUGGAAACGGAACCUGGUUACAAAGCACACCCGCUGCAGCGGCGAAGAACAAGAUCCUAGGACCUGACUUCUUGAGCUCGGGUAUCGCAUUCUCUGACCUGGCCAAGGGCAAUGCUUCAACGACAAGUUUAUAUGUCUUUGGAGGAAUGUGUCCACUGACGAAUUCCACCGAUGAAACCUGGAUGUCGGCAGCGAAUUACACAAAUCAGAUGAUGACAUUUUCUCCUGAAUUGGACAGCUCAAAACAAGUGGCCUACACUUCUGCGUUUCUGUCGAGUAAAGGUCCACCUGUCGCUGAGGCUGGCUUUAGUAUGACCCCAUUGGCACCUGCAUUCUCAGACAACUCGAGUAGCACGCAAAGCGCACGCCAGAGCUUUGUACUGGUAGGAGGACACACCGGAGCCGCAUUCAUCAACAUGUCUUCGGUAGCUUUAUUCUCUCUUCCUGAAGAGACCUGGACAUAUCAACCUGUGGAUCAGCCUUCGACUUCUGUCGAGCCUAGAUCAGGGCAUACAGCAGUUCUCACCGAAGAUGGCAAGAGCUUGGUGGUGUUUGGUGGGUGGGUGGGAGAUGUCACAAACGCUGCUUCGCCACAGUUGGCAAUUCUCGAACUUGGUUCUGGCUAUGGAGGUCAUGGCGACUGGGAAUGGUCAACACCUCUACAAACAGCUUCUGGUCUGUCUGGAGCAGGUAUCUACGGACACGGCGCCGCCAUGCUUCCUGGUGGAGUCAUGAUGAUCAUGGGUGGUUACAACAUUCCUACGACAUCACUCAAGCGUUUCCUGCGCCGUUCAACAUCCACAUCAAACUCACAAACUCUCUUCUACAACACUACCUCGAGAUCUUGGAUAAAGUCGUACAGUCCGCCGCCUGCAAUGACGUCGAGCAGUGGCACGUACGCACAGGACCAGAACAAAGGAGCGCUUACCACGACUUCGCAAAAAGCAGGUCUCGGUGUUGGCUUGACCAUCGGCGCAAUUGUCGUUGGUCUUCUGAUAGUCUUCUACUUUUGGUAUAAGCGUCAUCUCGAAAAACGACGCGAAGCUCGUGAAACUGAUAGGGAACGUCUGUACAAAAAUGGAGGCAACAACACUGAGCAAGCUUGGUUCGGCAACACGAAUUAUGAGCCUUAUCGCAGCAGCACUACUUACGAGCCUUACCACAGCGACUAUGCCAAUGGAGGCAAUUGGCAAGAGAAGGAUGAAGACAUGCAUGAUGGUUUUACCACUUGGACUCCUCAUGGCGUUGAGAGUAGCCCUGCUCAGAUGAAAGAAGGGAAUCGGGAGGUUGAGAGAUCUGGAUUGUCCAUCAACGCACCGAGUCCGACAAGAGGUCUCAGGAAGAACGGCUUGUCUCGCAGCCAAUAUCAGUACCAUGCUGCUCCUCGCUACGACGACGGAAGAGUAAGUCGAGCAAGUGGCAACAUCCAUCCCAUCCAAGAGAGAGACGAAGAAGAAGAAAGACUGUCGUCUAGACAUAGUAACCGGUCUUUCAAAGGUCUUGGAAACAUGAUCGGCUUGAAAGGCAGUGAGCAAGACCCUUUCAAUAAUCCCCUACCCAAUCCUCUCAGAAGCCACCCUGUUACUCCAGAGCUUGGAUCCACAGCAGAAGACUCUCAAGGCUCUUCAAUCCACAGACAGGCGACAAAUACUAGUGUCAUGACGAGUACAACGAAUGGCACAGAUCAAGUCAGCACCUGGAUCAACCACUGGACCAACUCUUACGCUGCAUCCUUGAGGCGUACGGUGUCUCCCUAUCCUGCCAGCAGAUCCAGCUCUCCUGAUAAAGCAGAUGAGAGAACAUCUUCUGGGCUGAGCGAGAACUCGGAGAGAUCAGGCUUGUCAAACGAAGGCCGCUCUGUGGCCCGGACGUCAUCAACUCGCUCAGGCCUGUUCUUUGGCUUGUCGGGUCAUCCAUCAAUCACACCUUCGCAAGCACCUAGCGCGUCUGUCAUGUCACGCAGUAUAUCUCCUGCAUACUGGGAGAACAGGCCCAAGCAUACGAGCAGCUUGCAUCCACCAAGUUUGCGUCCUGGACUGGACAGAGCGGCCGAUUCUUCUUCAACUCAGUGCACAACAUUUGGUCAAUUGAUCGCUGAGAGUGAAGCUCUUCUGGGAACUGCGCCGACGAGUCAGCCUUCAGCACCGUUGAACUACAAAGUACGACCAACAUCGGCGGAAAUCAUCGCAGCCGCCAUCGGAAAGACGCCCCCGCUUCCUCCAAGACGUCGUGGCUGGAUGGGCAGUAUUCGUCAAGUCUUCAGUGGUGAUCGCAGCAUGAGUGCCUCACAUGCUCAAAGACGCGUAGGUGCCCCCAUGGUACCGCUUCCCACUCCACAAUACCGCGAUCGCAGCAAUAGUCCUGUCAAAGGCCAUGCACGCACCGACUCCUCCAUGUCAACAUCUGCUCCUCGCCGUGCAGCCAGCGACAGUUCCCAAUUCCUCGGCACCAGACGUGGCAAGCGCGACUGGGAAGGCAAUGAAAACGACCCUCGUUGGAAGCCCUAUCAAGACGACCCAGAUACCGGUGACUGGGGCGAUGUGCCCGAAACCUCGGCUUCCAAAGACGAAGUUAAAAACCCAGAGGAUGACGAGCGCGAAGACUGGGACAUUGAAGAAGCAGCCGCUAAUCGCGACGUCCAAGUCAUGUUUACAGUGCCAAAAGCUCGUCUCCGCGUCGUCAAUGCCGAUGUGGACAAAGCGAGUCUGAGAAGCAUUAGUGAUGGUGCCAAGAGCAUCCGCGCAAGACAACUUCUCAAGGACCAGGAGAAUGAGGAGACCAACGAAGAAGCCACCGAAGCAGGUGCUCAACGUAAACCUUCCAACUACGGUCUCCAGAUCCAAGACUGGGAGAGAGAAGCUUUGGAGAAGCGAGAUGCUGAAGAGGCGGGCACGAGCAAGAAAGAUGAGUGAUACUCCUUGCACGAUGAUGUGAUAUGAAACAAGGAGGAACCUUUUGUGGAUAUACUGGGAUGAGAACAUCUCUUUUGACUAUAUACUACAGCCAAGGCGUUUUGCAUUUGGAGUAUCUUCACACGCUGAUCAAAAAGACGAUCCGAGCGAUACUGCAGGGGUUACUUCUUUCUUCUGGAUUGCCAUUUUCCAUUUUCCACUUCUGUCAAUCAUUUUCUUCAGACUAUUUACUCGAAUUCAGAUUAUUUCAUUUGUUCCAACCUUG